AUGACGUUUUCACUCGUAUCUGCUCUCCGUCCGUUCAAGAUUCCUCUUACUCUUUCAUAUCCCUUUAUAAAUCACCAUGCAUACACAAGAGACUCGCACUCAAAACAACACAAAGAAUCAAUUCCGCUUCAACUUGCAUAUACAGAAUAUUUCCCGCGGCGACCGCAAGAACCAGAAGAAUCACCGCCUAUUAUUAUAUUGCAUGGAUUGUUUGGAUCAAAGCAGAAUUGGAAGUCACUUGCAAAGUCAUUUGCGCAGAGUUUGAAUACAAAAGUCUACGCAGCGGAUUUGAGAAAUCAUGGGGAAAGCCCACAUUCUUCAGUUCAUACAUAUGAAUCAAUGGCUAGUGACGUCGCGGAGUUUAUCGUUCAACAAAAACUCGAUAGAUCAGUGCUUAUAGGCCACUCAAUGGGUGGGAAAGUAGUAAUGACCCUCGCUCUUCUCCAAUACCCACAAGUCUCCCAAGUAAUUGUAGUAGACACCGCUCCCGUGAAUUUCCGUCUGUCAUCCAAUUUUUCAUCGUACAUUGCAGCAAUGAAAAAGGUUGACGCAGCCGAUGUUUCCAAACAAAGUUUUGCCAACGAGAUUUUGGAAGAGGAUAUAGAGGAUAUUACAGUGAGACAGUUUUUAUUAACAAACUUGACGAAAGAUCCGCAAACCGGAUUGUACAAGUGGAGAAUACCGCUCGAUACGUUAGAAGAUGCGCUUAAUGACUUGGGAGGGUUUCCGUUUAAAUCGGCUCAUCACACUUUUAAGAAAAGGGCCUUGUUUAUAGCUGGAACCAAGUCUAAUUAUGUGCCGCCUAAGGUGUACCCAACGAUCAGGUCGUUUUUUCCGAAUGCUGUGUUUGCAGAGCUGGAUGCGGGACAUUGGGUACACGCAGAAAAGCCACAUGAAUUCACCGCGAUUGUAUCAGACUUUAUAAAAAGCACUGCUUCUUAA